AUGUGUGGAAGUCCAAGAAAAACCUGGACUUUCCUUGUUGUUUCUAUCUGCUGUGCUAUUAUUAGCAUUGCAUUGUACGUUAUUGGCUUGUGGAAUCUCAUAGACAAAACUGGUAACUCCUGGGUACCUUCCAUUGUCAGAGGAUUUGUUUGGACUUCUUUCACAGUUUCUCUGCUUGUUCAGACACACAAAUGGAUCAAAAUUCUGAACUCUCUCUGGUGGGCAUGUUCCUGUGUACUGGUUUCAGCUCUCAACAUUGAAAUUUUGUAUAGAAAGCAUGCAAUAGAAAUUUUUGAUGUUCUACAAUGGCUCUUACACUUGCUUCUUCUCUUCUGUGCUUUCCAAAACCUUGGUUACUUUGUCACUCAACGCGUGCCAAAAUGUUUGUCUGAGCCACUGUUAGCCCAGGAUGUUGACACACAACGAACAGGACUUGGCCGUGCUUCUAUUCUCAGCAAGUUGACUUUCUCUUGGGUUAAUCCCUUACUCAAACUGGGUUACUCAAAGCCACUAGCUCUUGAAGACAUCCCUUCCCUUCUAUCUGAAGAUGAAGCAGACUCGGCCUACCAAAACUUUAUACAUGCAUGGAAUGAAUACUUUGUGAGGGCAGGGAACAAUAACAAUAACAAAAACUUGGUUCUUUGGUCUGUUGUUAGAACUCACUUAAAUGAGAACAUAUCAAUAGCUUUAUACGCAUUAAUCAGAACCAUUGCCGUGAGUAUAUCUCCCUUAAUACUCUUUGUUUUCGUCAACUACUCAAAUAACAGGAAUGCCACGGAUACGGAUCUCAAAGAGGGUCUUUUCAUUGUGGGUGUUCUUGUCGUCUCUAAUGUGGUUGCUUUUGUGUCCCAGAGACAUUUGUUUUUUUAUUCCAGGAGGUCGGGAUUGAAGAUGAGAUCAGCUCUGAUGGUGGCAGUGUAUAAAAAACAGCUAAAGCUUUCAAACUCAGCAAGGACAAGACACUCAACAGGUGAAAUAGUGAAUUACAUUGCGGUUGAUGCAUAUCGCAUGGGAGAAUUUCCAUGGUGGUUUCAUACGACAUGGUCAUCUACAUUGCAACUUGUUCUGUCUAUUGGGAUUCUUUUCGAAGUUGUGGGAGUUGGUGCUCUUCCUGGUUUAGUCCCUCUUUUUAUAUGUGGACUUAUCAAUGUACCAUUUGCCAAGAUCCUACAGAAGUGCAUGGCACAGUUCAUGAUUUCACAGGAUGAACGUCUUAGAACAACUUCAGAAAUUCUAAAUAGCAUUAAAAUCAUUAAGUUACAGUCCUGGGAUGACAAAUUCAAGAGUUUGGUCGAGAACCUACGUGCUAAAGAGUUCAUUUGGUUAUCUAAGGCACAAAUCAUGAAAGCUUAUGGGACAUUUCUAUAUUGGAUAUCUCCUACCAUCGUUUCUGCUGUUGUUUUCCUCGGUUGUGCUGUUUUCAAUAGUGCUCCAUUGAAUGCUGGGACCAUUUUUACAGUUCUUGCAACGUUGAAGAACUUGUCAGAACCUGUUCGAAUGAUUCCAGAGGCUCUAUCUAUUAUGAUCCAAGUUAAGGUAUCCUUUGAUCGUCUCAAUACCAUUUUACUUGAUGAAGAACUAGAGAGUAGUGAUGGCAACAAAAGAUAUAUAAACCGAAGUUCAAUUAGUGCGGUAGAAAUCCAAGCUGGCAACUUCAUUUGGGAUCAUGAAGCAGUGUCCCCAACUUUAAAAGAUGUCAAUCUAGCAAUCAAACGGGGACAGAAGGUUGCGAUCUGUGGGCCAGUUGGAGCUGGGAAAUCAUCACUUCUGUAUGCGGUACUAGGAGAGAUUCCGAAGAUUUCAGGAUCUGUUAAUGUGUGUGGCACCAUAGCAUAUGUUUCUCAAACUUCUUGGAUACAAAGCGGAACAGUUCGAGAGAAUAUACUCUUCGGCAAGCCAAUGAAGAAAACUAGAUAUGAGAGUGCCAUCAAAGUUUGUGCUUUAGAUAAGGAUAUCAACGAUUUUAGCCAUGGUGAUCUUACAGAAAUAGGUCAGCGAGGGAUUAACAUGAGUGGAGGACAAAAGCAAAGGAUUCAACUAGCUCGUGCAGUCUACAAUGAUGCUGACAUUUAUCUCCUCGACGACCCUUUCAGUGCAGUUGAUGCUCAUACGGCCGCAAUUCUGUUCAAUGAUUGUAUAAUGACUGCUCUAAGAGAGAAAACAGUCAUCCUAGUGACCCAUCAAGUGGAGUUUCUAUCAGAAGUUGAUACAAUCCUGGUGAUGGAAGGUGGAAAAGUUACUCAAUCAGGUAAUUAUGAGAAUCUCUUAACUGCUGGGACAGCCUUUGAGCAACUUGUGAACGCUCAUAAGGAAGCAAUUACUGAAUGGGAUCAAAAUAAUGAAAACAAAACUCGUAGAGAAGAGUCUCAAGGUUUUUAUCUUACUAAAAAUCAAAGCGAGGGGGAGAUUUCUACUGAGGAUCAACAUGGUAUACAACUUACACAAGAAGAAGAAAAAGAGAUUGGUGAUGUUGGGUGGAAGACAUUCUGGGAUUAUAUUUCAUUUUCCGGGUGUUCGUUGAUGCUGUGUUGGAUGAUAUUGGUACAACUUGUUUUUGUUGUUUUGCAGACUGCAUCAACGUUUUGGCUUGCUCUAGCCAUUGAACUUCCAAAUUUAACUAGUGCCACGCUAAUUGGGGUUUACUCAUUAAUUUCAUUUUUGGGAACUGCAUUUGCAUUUCUAAGGACUCUGGUUGGUGCACAGCUCGGAUUAAAAGGUUCUACAGCAUUCUUCUCAAGUUUCACUACUUCUAUUUUCAAUGCUCCUAUGUUGUUCUUUGAUUCGACCCCAGUUGGAAGGAUUUUAACCCGAGCUUCAUCAGAUUUAAGUAUUUUGGACUUUGAUAUACCUUUCGCCAUCACUUUUGUAGCAUCUGUUCCUAUUGAAAUUUUGGUGAUAAUUUGUAUAAUGGUUUUCGUAACAUGGCAAGUUCUCAUUGUUGCUGUUCCAGCAAUGGUUGCAUCAAAAUAUGUUCAGGGGUAUUAUCAACCCUCCGCAAGGGAAUUAAUAAGGAUCAAUGGAACCACAAAAGCUCCUGUGAUGAAUUUUGCAGCUGAGACAUCAGAUGGUGUGGCUACUGUAAGAGCAUUUAACAUGGCAGACAAAUUUUUAAAGAAUUACGUAAAACUUGUAAACACCGACGCAACACUGUUCUUUCAUUCUAAUGUGGCCAUGGAAUGGUUGACUUUAAGGAUCGAAAUACUUCAAAGUUUGACAGUAAUAACUUCAGCUUUGUUGCUUGUUCUAGCUCCUCAGGGAUACGUAUCCCCAGGCCUUGUGGGACUGUCUCUCUCUUAUGCUCUCACCUUAGCAGGAACCCAUAUAUUUUUUACUCGAUGGUAUUGCAACUUAUUGAACUAUAUUAUCUCUGUUGAAAGAAUCAAGCAAUUCAUUCACCUACCAUCAGAGCCUCCUGCCAUUGUGAAGGACCACCGACCUCCAUCGUCAUGGCCUUCCAAAGGCAGGAUUGACCUUCAAGCCUUAGAGAUUAGGUAUCGUCCUAAUGCUCCAUUAGUGCUUGAGGGUAUCACUUGUACGUUUAGAGAAGGGAGUAGAGUGGGAGUUGUAGGAAGAACCGGAAGUGGAAAAAGUACACUCAUAAGUGCUUUGUUUCGCCUAGUUGAGCCAGCAAGAGGUGAUAUUCUUAUAGAUGGGAUUAACAUAUGCUCAAUGGGGUUGAAGGAUUUGAGAAUGAAGCUAAGCAUCAUCCCUCAAGAACCAACUCUUUUCAAGGGCAGCAUUAGAACCAACUUGGACCCUUUAGGCCUGUACUCAGAUGAUGAUAUAUGGAAGGCUUUAGAGAAAUGUCAGCUUAAGGAAACUGUGAGCCAUCUACCAAAUCUCUUAGACUCUUUGGUGAGUGACGAAGGAGAAAACUGGAGUGUGGGGCAGCGCCAACUCAUAUGUCUAGGAAGAGUGCUGCUUAAGAGGAACAGAAUUCUUGUUCUGGAUGAAGCAACUGCCUCCAUUGACUCUGCCACAGAUGCUAUUCUACAGAGAAUUAUUAGAGAAGAAUUUGCAGAAUGCACAGUUAUAACAGUGGCUCACAGGGUUCCAACUGUAAUAGACAGUGACAUGGUUAUGGUCCUCUCCUUUGGGAAAGUGGUGGAAUAUGAUAAGCCUUCAAGACUAAUGGACACCAACUCUUCAUUCUCUAAGCUGGUAGCUGAAUAUUGGGCAAGCUGCAGCAAGAAUUCCUCCUGA